AUGUCGCCAUAUCGCUUAGUUUUUGGGAAGGCUUGUCAUCUUCCGGUGGAGUUGGAGCACCGAGCUUAUUGGGCAAUCAAGCACUACAAUUUUGACAUGAAUGCAGCCGGUGAACAAAGAGCAUUGCAGCUGAAUGGGAUGGAGGAAAUUCGUAAUGAGUCUUAUGAGAAUGCAAAAAUUUACAAGGAACGCAUCAAGAGGUUUCAUGAUAAAGUCAUUCGUCAAAAGACAUUCAAACUAAACCAAAAGGUGCUGCUAUAUAACUCUCGACUGAGACUCUUUCCAGGGAAGUUGAAAUCUAGGUGGAUGGGUCCUUUUCUGGUCACAAAGGUGUUUCCCCAUGGAGCAAUCGAAAUUAAGAACUUGAGGAACAACUCUGUCUUCAAAGUGAAUGGUCAACGUCUCAAACCAUACUUGGAGACAUCUUUUGACACCAAUAAGUAG